AUGUUCAAGGAAAGGAUAUGGGAACACCUGUUAGCUAUUAGGAAUAAGGACCUUAGAAAUGCCCUUGCUAAACAUACAGUUGAAAAAGGUGACACAUAUACUUUCACGUUCAGGGCAUUAGAUGUAAUGGAACGAAAUGCAUGGUUGGUUGAUGUGAAUAACAUAGUGGAACAGAGGAAAACUAAAUGGAUAGUUCCCAUUUCUGUUUGCUCUGCGAGUUGUUCUCUAGGAUACAGGAAAGCUGAACAGCGGGGGCAACCAAAGUGCUGCUUCAUCUGUAUCCCCUGCUCAGAGGGUGAGAUCACUAACCAAACUGAUUCAGUUGAAUGUCUACGAUGCCCAGAUGAUCAUAUGUCUAAUGAGAGACGAGACAUGUGCCUUCAGAAGUCUGUGGAGUUCCUUGCUUAUGAAGACCCCUUGGGUGCAGCACUUGCAACCUUGGCCAUUCUUUUUGCACUGAUGCCUACAGCCAUUCUAAUAAUAUUUUCUCUGUACAAGCAAACCCCCAUUGUUAGAGCCAACAACCGAGAGAUCAGUUAUUUCCUUCUUGUUGCCCUGGUGAUGUGUUGUCUCUGCUCUUUGAUUUUCAUUGGCCGCCCAAAUACAGUGACUUGUUUAAUCCAACAAACUGCGUUUGGCAUUGUUUUUGCAUUCUGUAUUGGUUGUGUGCUGGCAAAAACCUUUAUGGUGGUCAUAGCAUUUAGAGCUACAAAUCCUAACAGCAGCUUGAGGAAAUGGGUUGGGCCUGCAUUACCUAUUACUGUCAUCUUCUGUUGCACACUGUCUCAAAUUAUUCUGUGCAUGGUCUGGCUACUAACAUAUCCUCCUUUUCCAGAAGCAAACAUGAAAUACCUGAGCACAAAAAUUGUAAUUCAGUGCAAUGAUGGUUCCACUGUUGCAUUCUGGUGCAUGCUUGGAUACAUGGGCUUGCUGUCUUGUGCUAGCUUUGUAAUGGCCUUUCUAGCUAGGAAGUUGCCUGAUAGUUUUAAUGAAGCUCAGUUCAUUACCUUUAGUAUGUUGGUGUUUGUCAGUGUCUGGAUCUCAUUCAUUCCUGCCUAUCUCAGCACACAGGGGAAGUACAUGGUUGCUGUGGAGAUAUUUGCCAUCUUGUCUUCCAGUGCUGGUUUGCUUAGCUGUAUAUUUCUACCCAAAUGUUACAUUAUUCUGCUGAGGUCUGAUAGAAAUACCAAAGAAUAUCUCAUGGGGAAAGGAUUUCAUAGUAAUAAGAAAACAAAUAAUUGA